GUUGGAUUUGUUGUGUAAUGAAAUCGCAUUAAAUUUUUGGAUCCCUAAUUAAAUACACACAUGAUAGGCCUACCACCCCCCAUUUCCUUUCCACCUUCCUCCCACCGCACCCCCACCCCACCCCACCCCACCCCCACCCCCCAAGCUAUUAAUACCACAACCAAAAACAACCUCACCUAUCAUUCAUCCCAACAUACAACAAUAUCUCUCUCUCUCUUCUCUCCCAACUUACCAAACACACAAUGUCAAAGAAAAUGAAAAUGCCAUCAAUCUUCAAGAGCAAAGACCCCAAGCAACCAUGGCAAUGGCCCUCGUGCAACCACCCCAAAACCCUAUCUUUCCGAGCAAGCAACGAUGUCGUUUUCAAGACCGUGAACUCCGUGUUCCUCGACACCUCCGACGGCCUUGACACCCCCGAGUCCUGGUUCACAAACUCCUCCUCAGAUUGCGCCAGCACCACUGACGACCAUUCUGAGGACUACAACAACAACAACAAUAACAACAAUGAGACACUAGAGAUGAUAAUCCGGGACGUGAGGUCUUCGGAUAGGCUCUUUUUCGAGCCGGGCGACACGAGCUCGAUCUUCGACAAGGAGCCGGCAGCGGCGAAGGAGACGACGACGAGUGGGGGGCCGUUCGAGGAGAGCGUGGCGCUGGCGCUGGAGUCGGACGACCCUUACAUGGACUUCAAGAAAUCCAUGCAGGAGAUGGUGGAGAGCCAUGGAUUGGAGGAGUGGGACCGGUUGGAGGAGCUUCUUGGAUGGUAUUUGAAGAUGAAUGCCAAACACAAUCAUGGCUUCAUUGUUGGUGCCUUCGUCGAUCUUCUCGUCGGGAUGGUGAAGGAUUCUCCGGCGGCAGCGGCCGUUUGUCGCUCCGAUUCGACCUCGUAUUCGUCUGCAGAUUCUUGCUUCUCUUCCCCUUCUUCCCCUGUUCGUGAUCGGGUUGAGGGAGGAGAUGCCAUUAAUGUACAAUCUUAAUUAGCCUUUUAAUUCAUGUUUCCCUUCCCUCUCCUAUAUUCCAUGUGUAUACUGCUCUGCUAUACUAGGUUUCAGCAACAACUAGGCUGUGAGAAUCCAUGGUUUUUUGCUCUCUCUCUCUCUCUCACACACACACACACAGAAUUACAAAUUAAGUAGGUGUUAAAAUUAAUUGAUAGCAUCGGCCGUAGUUUGUACCAUAUGAUAGAAAAUUUAUGGAGCGUCGUUGUUACUUUGAA